UUGUCGUGGUGGUGAAGCUUGUGUGUCUCAUUGACCCUGCAAAGACCUUGGAAUAAGGUCUUCUUUUUCUGGAUCAGUUGAGGGGUUGAGACCAGACUAAGACCAGCUCCAGUUCCUCCUACAUUCCACUGGGAUAGGCUUUUAAUGUGUCUAAAUAUCACUUGUUUUUAUUUGCCUUAUUUGAAGAGAUCUGCAUUUAGGCUAAUUAUUUAAUAGUUUAUGACAUCACUAGGCAUCGUGACAGGGUUUACCUUGCUGAAAAACAUAUCAGGCAGAUGGUGGAUCAAGUAGGCCUUGAUGUUAGCAAGGUUGCAUUACAGACACAGUAAUGACCUCUUUACACCUGGAGUUGCAGCGUUGUGCACCUGCCUUAGGUAGUUUUUUUUCCUGGUGCAUUUCGUUCUAUGGAUCUGAUGUCUCUUUUCCAACACCUAUUGCUGGACUUUUCAAUGCAUAAGGAAAAGCUUCCCCGGUGUGUGCACUUCUCCCCCAAUUGGACUCCUUGGAAACAUUUUACCACAGACUCAUUGGCAAUGAACCAGUCAAGCAGUGUCCUGAAGACAUGCUUCUACUCCAGCAAACUUUUCCACUCCUGUUUGACAUAGUUAGCAUUGUGGAGGGAGAUCAGCUUCCUGAGGCCUUGACUGCAUUUAUUAUUGACCUGUUGGAAAAAGUAAAGUCUCUGUUUGGCAGAAAUGGAUCAAUACCAGAUGCUGUGCAACUGGAUGUACACCACACAAAUAAUGUAGAAUACUAUCCUUGCCUGCCUGUGGUAAGAAGUUGUGGCAACUAUUGCCUGGAUGAAACAACUCCAAACAUCUGCACAAAGAGGAGUACUCGACACCCAUCCUUACUUCCUGGAGUUUUCUUAGUGCACUGUAAACAAGGUGUAACUCAUGGAUUUCCUGCAAUGCUCUGUAACAAAUCUCCUAACAUCCCAUUUACAGUGUUUCGAAUGCGUUUCUCACAAGGUAAGCUCAAUUUAAUGUGCAUGUGUAUGUUGUGGCCUUUGAUUGGAUGCCGUUGUGCAUGAAGAAAAUUUCUUUUUAUUACCUGGGCCCGGUUUAAAGGAUGAAUAAUG